AUCAAUUUUGAUCUUUUUAUUAAACAUACUAUGUGAGAGAAAGAUGGGUAGUAGUGAGUAUCAUCCUCUACACAUUUUCUUCUUCCCUUUCUUGGCACAUGGUCAUAUUAUACCAGCCAUUGACAUGGCCAAAUUAUUUGUUGAAAAGGGUGUGAAGGCCACUAUAAUCACCACACCCCUCAACGCACAUUUCAUCUCCAACGCCAUUGGAAAAGCCAAAACGAACGACGAAAACGGGAUCCACAUUCAAACCAUCGCGUUCCCUAGUGCACAGGUUGGUUUAUCUCAUGGCUGUGAAAAUGUUGACUCAAUCCCUUCCCUAGACUUGUUUAAACCCUUCAUUUUGGGCACCCGUUUGCUACAAGAGCCGUUUGAGCAACUAUUGCUCGACCAACGUCCACAUUGCAUUGUGGCUGACAUGUUCUUCCCAUGGACAACGGAUUCCGCAGCCAAAUUUGGAAUCCCUAGGCUCGUCUUUCAUGGAACUAGUUUCUUCUCCUUGUGUGUCAUGACGUGUUUGGAACUCUACGAUGAUGUUUCUUCUGAUUCCGACUCCUUCGUUGUUCCUAAUUUCCCGGGUGAGAUUAAAAUUACAAGGAUGCAAGCGGGAUCAUUUUUGAAGAGUAAUGACAUAACAGGUGUGUAUAAGUUGGUUGAGGAGGCAAGGGAAUCAGAGUUGAGGAGCUAUGGGGUUGUUGUUAAUAGCUUCUACGAACUCGAGAAGGUGUAUGCCGAUCAUUACAGAAAGGUGCAUGGAAGAAAAGCAUGGCAUGUUGGUCCCUUAUCUCUUUGCAACAGGAACUCCCAAGAGAAAGCAAAUAGAGGAAAGGAAGCUUCUAUUGAUGAGCACGAGUGCCUCAAGUGGCUUGACACAAAGAAACCCGAUUCAGUUGUUUAUGUAUGCUUUGGAAGUAUAGCAAAGUUGUGUGAUUCUCAGCUUAGAGCUAUUGCUAUGGGUCUUGAAGCAUCAGGGCAAGAUUUCAUCUGGGUGGUGAGGAAAAACAAACAAGAUGGUGGAGAGGAAUGGGUGCCUGAUGGAUUUGAGAAGAGGAUGGAAGGUAAGGGACUAAUAAUAAGAGGAUGGGCACCUCAACUACUGAUUCUUGAACAUGAGGCGAUUGGAGCGUAUGUGACUCAUUGUGGGUGGAAUUCAACUUUGGAAGCAGUGACUGCAGGGGUUCCCAUGGUUACUUGGCCUAUUGCUGCAGAACAAUUUUUCAAUGAGAAAUUGGUGGUUGAAGUUCUUCAAAUUGGGGUACCUGUUGGUUCUAAAAAACGGGUGGGAUUUCAGGGGGAUAGUAUUGCAUGGGAUGCAGUGGAGAAGGCUGUGAAGAGGGUGAUGAAAAGGGAAGAAGCCACUCAAAUGAGGAUCAAAGCAAAGGCGUUUUCGCAACUAGCUAAUCGGGCCAUGCAGGAAGGAGGAUCAUCGUACACCGAUUUCAAUGAUUUAAUUCAGGAGUUACGUUCAAUGGGUCACUAGUGUUCCCUAGUCAAUGUCACAUGGAAAUUGUUGUAUGACACGAAAGAUAUUAUAUCUGGAAAGCAUGAAAGAUUAAUCAACAACUUCCAUUAUAUCAAAGGGUUACCGUGUGUUUAAUUGGUAUUUUUCUCA